UUUUUUUUUUUUUGCCUUGAUACCUCCAUUGAUCAUCAUCUUCGGCAAUUUUUUGCAUUAAUCUGGUAUUGCUAGCCUUUUUGUUUCGUGGUCGUGCAGUGUUUUGUUGCUUCAUUCAGCUGAUAACACUGCUUUUUUGUCUUCUUGUCAAUCGUUGCUCAGAGUCAUUCAUUGCCCCAUUUCCCCCUACUCCUCCCUCCCCUCUCUUACUUGCUUCGAUCUUAUCCCAACUAUUCGUCCAUAUUGGUUAUGGAGAAACCCACACUCGUUUGUUAAAUUUUUGCUUUUUUCCAUUUCCUCGAUCUUUUUUAUGUUUCGUCCGAGUCACGUUCUAUUUUAGAGUCAAAGCGGUCAGCCCGAAUCUCCUCCCCAUCUACCUACCAUCUACCAUACCUACCUACCUACCUACUUACCUUACCUAUUAUUACCCAUCUAUCCCACCUUGCUUUUUUCGCGUGCGGUUAUGUUUUUUGUGUUAAGUCUUUUUUUUCCCUAUAUCUCCCAAGUCCUUCUCCUCUCCCAAAUCCAAAUUGCCAUCCGUGUGUGCAUAAUAGUUUCGGUCGCCUUUGUUUUGUGAUGUUUUGAGCACUACUACUACUAAUCCAGGGCACGUAGCUAUUUUUUUUCUGUUUUUUUUUUUUUGUAUUUCUUUUGUCAUUGAUGCGAGCUUAUGUUUUGUUUGUUUGUUGCGUUUUGACUUUUUUUGAUUUUUAUCGAGCGAGUAUUUUGGUUUUUGUUAUAUGAUCUUUAGUUACCUGCGUGGGGGGGCCUCUACUAUAUUAUAUAUAGAAGCUCCUUUUUCCUUUACUGUUUAUUUUCUCUUUUUUUUUACUGAUUACGUUUUUGAUUAUUAUUAUUAUUGGUUUUUUGCUAAGUAGGAUGCCAUGUACUAUAUAACUAGUCUAUUUUGAGUUCAAUGCAUUUUAUUGAUAUUGCUUAUGCUAUGGAAUAUGGUGAACAUCAGCAAUCCUCCUCUACUCCGUAUUGAUGAGACCAUGUAAUGAUUAUAAUGGCAGCGAAUCUUGAAGGCUGCUGCUGGUGGCCUCUUGCUCGCUUGGCUGGUUUGGCUGCUUUAACUUAAUGCACGAAAACUCUGGUUUGAUUUGCUUGCUUUGCUUUGUUUUGCUUGUUCCACCUUUAACUGGGCAUCUGGGUAAGUGUUUGCGUAAUAAUACCUAGGUUAGCUUUCUUGCGGGGGUGUAUGCCGUCAUUUCUGUCCCUUUUCUCCAUGUUAUGUUACCAGUUAUCGCCCUGGCCGCGGGAAUGGCUGGCAUUGAACAGAACAGCACUACAUAAUAAUCGGAGCUGAUUUCAGCUGUACAUUAACUAGUUCUUUACUUCGGUUGCAAGUGAGCUGGGAGGGACUGCCGCCUGCGUCUGGGGCUGAGUUGUUUGUGUCUUAAUCGUGCCUCCAAGGUAUCCUCUAGCAGGGGAAGCUUGACGACACCCUGACGAACGACGAACGUUCCGCCGCAUAUCCAUGGGAUAUUACCAAUGGGGGUCCUGAAGGUAUUUAAAAUAAAUAGAAAGUAGACGGCAAAAAAAAAAAAAAAAUAAAAAUAAAAGAAAAGAAAAGAAAAGAGAAAAGAGAAAAGAGAAAAUAUUCUAUAUAAAAACGUAUACAACGACAAUAACAAAGAAAAUGGACGAGCACAACGCCGCCGUCGCCGCCAUCUCCGCCCAAGUCCGCCGCUUCCACUCCACCCGCACCCCCUUCCGCAUCUACCACGGCUCCACAAACACCACCCGCCCCACCUCCUUCCAGCGCGACCGGCUCGUCGACACCAGCUCACUCAACCGCGUGCUGCGCAUCGACCGGCUCGCCCGCACCGCGCUCGUCGAGCCGAACGUGCCCAUGGAUGCGCUCGUGGCGGCGACGCUGGAGGCGGGGCUGGUGCCGCCGGUCGUCAUGGAGUUUCCGGGCAUUACGGUCGGUGGCGGGUUUGCGGGGAUGGGCGGGGAGAGCAGCUCGUUUCGGUAUGGGAUGUUUCAUGAGACGGUGCGGUGGGUGGAGGUUGUCAAGGGGGAUGGGGCCGUUGUUGUUGCCUCCUCUUCAUCAUCAUCAUCAUCAUCAUCAGCAGCAGCAGCAGCAGCAGCUGGUGUGGGAAGUGGAAGUGGGAAGCAGCUCGCAGGGGACGCGGACGCGGAGGAUCUCUUCCACGGCGCCGCGGGCACGAUGGGCACGCUGGGCAUCACCACCCUGCUCGAGCUGCAGCUCAUCGACGCGCGCGCCUUCGUCGAGGUUUCAUACUGGCCUGUGUCCAGCGUGCACGACGCCGUCGAGACCGUGCGGGCCCAGGCCGCCCGCCCGCCCGGCGAGGUGGACUACGUCGACGCCAUCCUCUUCAGCGCCGAUAGGGGCGUGGUGGUCGCGGGCCGGCUGACGGAUGCCAUCACCGCGCCCGACGGGCGCAUCCAGCGCUUCACGCGCGCGCACGACCCGUGGUUCUAUCUCCAUGCGGAGGAAGUAGUGGCGAAAUCACCACCGCCGCAGCCGCAGCCGCCGUCGACGACGACGACGACGGCAGCGGGCCCCAUCAUCAUCGAAACAGUCCCGCUGACAGACUACCUCUUCCGCUACGACCGUGGCGCCUUCUGGACCGGGUUCUACGCGUUCAAAUACUUCCGCGUGCCCUUCACGGCGUCCAUGCGCUGGCUCCUCGACGGCUUCAUGCAUACCAGAGUCAUGUACCACGCCCUGCACCGCAGCGGCUUUGCGCAGAGGUAUAUCAUCCAGGACCUGGCGCUGCCGCAUGGUGCGGCCGCGGAGGAGUUUGUGGAGUUUGUCCGCCGGGAGGAAGGGGUGGGGGAUCGGGUUGGGGAGUGUUUCCCGCUCUGGCUGUGUCCGCUGCGGCUACAGAGGAGGGAGCGGGGGCGGGGGCAGGGAACGGAUUUUGGCUCAAUGCAUCCGAAGUGGGUACUACAUUCGGCGUCGGAAUCUUCGUCGUCGUCGGCGGCGGCGGCGCCACAGUCCGACGAAAUGCAAAUAAACGUCGGCCUUUGGUGUCCUGGCCCGUCCACGACGGCCGCCUUCGUCAAGGUUAAUCGCGCAAUCGAACAGAAGGUGCGCGCGCUGCGCGGGACAAAGUGGCUCUACGCGCACACGUAUUACACGGAGGAGGAGUUUUGGGAUAUCUACGAUCGGCAGUGGUAUGAGGGCCUGCGCGAGAAGUAUGGAGCCACUUAUUUGCCGGACGUUUAUGAGAAGGUUAGGGUUAAGAAGCAGGGGCAGGCGGCAGGGCAGGGGGAAGGGGGCCUGCUGGGGCGUCUAACGGGGUGGGUGUGGACCAUUUGGCCGCUUGCCGGGGUUUAUGGAGUAAUGAGUACGAUGGUUGGGGGGCGGGGGUAUUUGGUGGAGGGGGAGCGGAGGGGAGGGAAGAUUGCUGUUGGGAUAGUCGUGUUGGGUUUGCUUUGGGUGCUUGCGAGUUACUGGAAGUGAAAUAGAGCAGGACGGGAGGAUCUCGCUGGGAAAGGGAGAGCUUUGUCGUUACACACUGUGAUAUUUAUUCUUUUUCUGCGAACGCGUCAAGGUUGAGCCGCAAGAUAGAUAUGCUGGAGAAGUCAUUUCCUAAAGAAGAGCAGGUCUUGGAUAUUUUGGAUGUUUAGAAGUCCAAUUACGCCGUUCUGGCUGGAAGCCCUACGGACUUGCUUAGUGUUACCAUUGGGUGGUCCCCAUAUCUGGAACCUGAAGGACUGCGGUCAGCAAAUGGUUGGUUUCGAGUGUACAUCUUUUGUUCCUGAUUGAGAUGUGGUCUAUUCUGCGAUAUCAUAUCGAUCCUCUUAAGCGGCUUGUUCGAGAAAAUCUCAAUGAUCACAACGGCCCAGCAUGAUGAAGACAAAGACGCCCAGAAAAGGGGCUCACGGUGCGCCGUGUGGUAUACGUAGCUCAUGUGCCAUGUAUGUAUGCACUGUACAUCAAUGCUCUCUGAUUUUCAGCUUUGGUUAACUUGUGUAUAUACAUAUAACGCAUAAUAUCCAGACAUGGUCGAAAUAUACUUUGUUCUAUUCAUAAAUUGCUGGGUCAAAAUUGUUAAGUCAGUGGGAGGGUGAUGUUAUACAGGGGGGUCCUGUUUUGAGCUGUGCCUUUCAAAUGAUGUGUGGAAAUUGGCUGGAGGCCUGGUAGAACUGUGUGGCCAUGAUUCUUAUUCCCCAUGAUGGGGAUCGAGAUAUGGAUAACUCGCAUCGGGUGCUCGGUGUAGUGGUUCUUUCGUUUUGAUAUUGAAGAGGUACCCAGGGUAGUCUGGCAGAUAUAUGUAAUGUAAUGUUGAUCGCAUCGAAGAACAUCUUGGUGGAGUGGAGUCCCGCUGCCACAAAUAAGCUUAAUUUCUGUGCUUAACCUUAGCUGGACAAGACCCACUUGGCCAACUCCAC